AUGGGCCCCCACAACGCACGGGUGGCAGUGUGGGCGCUGCUAGAGCAGCUCGCAGUCACCCUUCUCAUCCGCACACUCAGACACCAGACCGCCAGGUGGCUGCGUGUCAAGCCGCCACCUGGCACUCAGGCAGACGAAGCGGCAGCACCAACCCCUCCUGCUAUAGCCGCUGCUACAGGAGAAGAUUCCGUAACAGGGGUUGGAGCGGAGGUGGGGGGGGUUGGAGAGGAGGUGGGGGGGGUACGAGCGGAGGUUGGGGGGGUUGGAGCAGAGGAGGAAGGAAUGGGCGUGAGGGUGCCAGGUGAGGGGGAGGAAGGUGAAGGGGAGGAAGGUGAAGGGGAGGAAGAAGGUUCUUCAGGGGUAGUUGAGUUGGAGGGGGGAUCAGGGGAAGUGGUGGAGGGGGGUGAGGGUGUGGGGAGGGGAUCUGUUGAUGUGGGGGGGGGUUUGCCCGAGUCAGGAGAUUUGGGUGGGGAAUCAGGGUCGGGGGAGGAGGUGUUGGUGGUGGGAGGCGGGGAGGAAGAGGGAGCAGAAGGAGAAGAGGGAGAAGGGGAGGAGGAUGUGGGAGAAGGAGAAGAGGGAGAAGGGGAGGAGGAUGUGGGAGAAGGAGAAGAUGCAGAAGGGGGAGAGGAGGCGUCCGAAGGUGAGGGAGAGGGGGACGAGGGAGGGGAGGGAGAGGAGGGCGAGGAGGGAGAGGAGGGCGAGGAGGGAGAGGAGGGAGAUGAAGGAGAAGGGGAGGAAGGGGGUGAAGGAGCAGGAGAGUCACCAGAAGGGCUGUUGAGGCUGCUGCCAUCGCCCUGGUCUGGAGCAGAUGCCACAGGCAACCCUACAGGCUUCUCCCUGGGGGGUGCAAGGAGCAGGAGACAGGAGGGGGUAGAGCAAUGA